GCAAAGUAUCCUCGUGUCUUUCUUUUCACGCUAAAUACAGUAUAAUAGUGAUAAUUAUUUAGAAAUAACAGCCGAUUCGAUAUUUAAUUUUGUGAUUUGUGCAUUUAAUUGUGAACAUACUUAGGCAUAAUAAAAAUGGUUAAGGAGACCACAUAUUAUGACAUUUUGGGCGUGAAACCAAAUUGCACCACUGAUGAAUUAAAGAAAGCCUAUCGAAAAUUAGCUCUAAAAUACCACCCUGACAAGAACCCAAAUGAGGGUGAGAAAUUUAAACAGAUAUCUCAGGCCUAUGAGGUGCUCUCGAAUCCUGACAAAAGGCGAAUUUAUGAUCAAGGUGGUGAACAAGCAUUAAAGGAAGGGGGUGGUAGUGGUGGUGGAUUUUCUUCACCAAUGGAUCUCUUUGACAUGUUCUUUGGAGGUGGAUUUAGUGGAGGUAGACGCCGCAAGGAACGCAAAGGCAAAGAUGUAAUUCAUCAAUUAUCAGUAACAUUGGAGGAGUUGUACUGUGGCACAGUCAGAAAACUGACGCUUCAAAAGAACGUGAUCUGUGAGAAAUGUGAGGGACGUGGUGGUAAAAAGGGUGCAGUUCAAACUUGUCCAGUGUGCCGUGGCUCUGGUAUGCAAGUACAAAUUCAACAGCUAGGCCCGGGUAUGAUACAGCAGAUUCAAACAGUAUGCUGCGAAUGCCGUGGACAAAAAGAGAUUGUAGAUCCUAAAGACCGUUGCAAAGUCUGUGAGGGACGUAAAAUAGUACGUGAUCGUAAAAUUCUUGAAGUUCAUGUGGAUAAAGGUAUGGUUGAUGGGCAAAAGAUUGUGUUUAGUGGAGAAGGUGAUCAAGAACCAAAUCUUGAACCUGGCGACCUCAUUAUUGUUUUGGAUGAAAAGGAACAUGGAAUAUUUAAACGUUCUGGAAAUGAUCUCAUUUUACGCAUGAACAUAGAACUUGUGGAAGCUUUGUGUGGUUUCCAAAAAGUAAUAAGGACUCUGGAUGAAAGAGACAUUGUUAUAACUGUGAUGCCUGGUGAGGUUACCAAACAUGGUGAAGUCAAGUGUGUACUGAACGAAGGAAUGCCUAUGUACAAAAAUCCAUUUGAAAAAGGACAACUGAUUGUACAAUUCAUUGUUAAUUUCCCAUCGCGUGUUCCGCCAGAAUUAAUUCCUGCAUUGGAAAACUGUCUACCUGCUCGACCUAGGGUUGAAAUACCUGAAUUGGCUGAAGAAUGCCAAUUGAUGGACUUCGUUCCUGAACAAGAGAUGCGAAGAGACCGUCAACGAGGCAACGCGUAUGACGAAGAUGAUGAGCAUCCUGGAUUAAACAGAGUCCAAUGUGCAACUAGCUAAAGUUACUAUGACAGUGUUUGGAUUUUCGGUGGACCUGAUAUGUUUUAAAUUUCAAUAGUAUUAGGCAUAUGCUGCUGAAAAAUGAAUCAGAAACAUUUCCAUUAUUUGCUACUUAGCUUUACUUGUAGCAAUUUUACUUUAAGUAGGACAAUUAACAUUCAAAUACCAUGUACCAUAUAUUUAUUAAAAGCAAAUUCGAGAAAAAUUUCGAUUUUGUAUCCACAUAAAAUCCAUAUUAGUUAUAGAAAAUCUGGGUCCAUUGAUAAAGGUUUUUUAGUUUGACAUAAAAACUGUGAUUUUUGGUUAGCCUUAAUGAUUUAAAUUUUACAAGUGUGCCUCAAGAUCUUUUCAAGAACUUUACAGUGUGUUAGUUCUUAGCAUUCAAUCAAAUCUUUAUAGAAUAACUAUAUUCAAUGGACAACACAAAAUCUUAAAUUUUAUGGUGAUUUGAUACAUUACAUACUAAAUUGUUUUUAGCCCCAGCUAAUCCUGAAAUAUUGUUUAAAUUAUUUAAGAAUAUUCUCAAAAUGUCGAAUGCUUCUUUUGGUUAAAACAAAAACACAUACACAAAAAAAUCACAUUCACACCUGGGCUCUGAUUAUUGUUACAUUUUGAGUUUCAUUAAUAUUUGCAACAUUAAGCAACUAUUCUUUUUUUUAUUAUACCAUGUCUUAUAAAAUUAUUCUCUAAUGUACUCAAUUGCUU